AUGCAAAAAUUAGCUUUGUUUGCUGUUGCUUUCUGCGUUGUGGGAGUAGCUUUGGCGAAACCUGUAGAAAAAGACCAACAUCCCUUUGACCGUUUAACAAACGAAUGCAGAGCUGAGUUAGGAAUAAGUCCGCCUUCAGGAGAAAAUGCAGUCGGUUCCGUUGCCAAAGAUGGUCGCCUCUUGUUAUGCUUGAAUCAGAAAUUGGGUAUAAUGGAUUCCAAAGGAAAUAUCGAUGCAAACGGUUUAAGAAAAGUUAUCUCUGAGAUGGGAUUACCGGAAUCAAGCGUUAAUGAAAUUGUUGAAAGAUGCGGAAAGCAAACUAGCGAUAAAGCCGAAGAAAAUGCCAUAGAACUCUUCCGUUGUAUUCAUAAAGAUGUUUGA